GGCAGAGUGAAACCGGGGAGUCCUGCGCUCGCCGCCGGAGACCGAGUUUUCCCGAGCCGGAGUCCAGAUCUUACAUACAAUGGAUUUUUCUCACACUAGAUACUGAACAUUAAGUAGAUAACCUGUUCAGUACAAUCUGAGCUGCCAUGGAAGAAAUACCAGUAAAAGUUGCUGUAAGAAUUAGACCUCUGCUUUGCAAAGAAGUUCUUCGUAAUCAUCAAGUGUGUGUGAGAGUUAUCCCCAACACCCAGCAAAUUAUCAUUGGGAGAGAUAGAGUCUUUACUUUUGAUUUUGUUUUUGGGAAGAAUUCCACUCAAGAUGAAGUGUAUAAUACAUGUAUAAAGCCCCUGGUGGUGUCACUGAUUGAGGGCUAUAAUGCUACAGUUUUUGCCUAUGGACAAACUGGAUCUGGGAAGACUUACACCAUUGGAGGAGGCCAUGUUGCAUCGAUUGUGGAGGGUCAGAAAGGCAUCAUUCCUCGAGCUAUCCAAGAAAUAUUCCAAACCGUUUCUGAAAAUCCUAGCAUUGACUUCGAUAUCAAAGUGUCCUAUAUUGAAGUCUACAAGGAAGAGCUAAGAGACCUGCUAGAAUUGGAGCCCUCCAUGAAGGACCUUCACAUCCGGGAAGACGAGAAGGGAAACACAGUGAUUGUCGGGGCCAAGGAGUGCCAUGUGGAGAGUGCAGAUGAAGUUCUGAGUCUUUUGAAGAUGGGGAAUGCGUCCAGACACACAGGCUCUACACAAAUGAACGAGCACUCCAGCCGAUCACAUGCCAUUUUCACAAUCAGCAUCUGUCAAGUGGAGAAGAGUGUGGAGGCGGCCGAAGACGGAUCAUGGCAUCCCCGGCCUGUUGUUUCAAAGUUCCACUUUGUGGAUUUGGCUGGAUCCGAGAGAGUAACCAAAACGGGCAACACUGGUGAACGGUUCAAAGAAUCCAUUCAAAUCAACAGUGGGCUGUUGGCUUUGGGAAAUGUGAUAAGCGCUCUAGGGGACCCACGCAGGAAGAGUUCCCACAUUCCAUACAGGGAUGCUAAGAUCACCCGGCUCCUGAAAGAUUCCCUCGGAGGCAGUGCCAAGACUGUCAUGAUCACAUGUGUUAGCCCUUCGUCUCUGGAUUUUGAUGAGUCCUUAAAUUCUCUCAAAUACGCCAACAGAGCACGGAAUAUUAGAAACAAGCCCACCCUGAACUUUAGCCCUGAGUCAGACCGGAUGGAUGAGAUGGAAUUUGAGAUUAAGCUGCUUCGAGAAGCUCUGCAGAGCCAGGCUGGGAUCAGCCAGACGGGCCCAGUCCUUCGGGAAGGGACUCCUGAUAAAAAUCGGAUCUGUUUUCUUGAGGAGCAAGUGGCUCAGUUACAAGGAGAAUGUCUGGGCUACCAAAACUGCAUAGACGAAGCCUUCACCUUCCUGGUGGACUUAAAAAAUGUUGUCAGACUAAGCCAGAAGCAGCAGCACAAACUGCAGGAGUGGUUUAAUACAACCCAGGAAAUCAGAAAGGCCGUCCUCGCCUCGUUCCGGGGAAACCGAGGCCUUGCAAAUCUAGAGGAAGGACCCCAGCACGUUUCCGUCCUCCAGCUGAAGAGAGAGCUGAAGAAAUGCCAGUGUGCACUUGCUGCUGACGAAGUUGUCUUUAAUCAGAAGGAGCUUGAAGUGAAGGAACUAAAGAAUCAAGUGCAGAUGAUGGUCCAGGAAAAUCAAGGACAUGUUGUAUCUUUGAAAGAAGCACAGAAAGUAAAUAGAUUGCAGAAUGAAAAAAUAAUAGAGCAGCAACUUCUUGUGGAUCAGCUGAGUGAAGAACUAACAAAACUUAACCUGUCAAUGACUUCCUCAGCUAAGGAAAAUUGUGGAGAUGGGCCUGACGCCAGGAUCCCAGAAAGGAGACCACAUACUGUGCCAUUUGAUACUCGCUUGGGGCGUUGUAUUUAUAUUCCCUCAAGACAAGAUGCCAGGAAGAUCUAUACAAGUCCUCCUGCGGACUCUCUGGAUCGAGUAUUUGCUGGAUUUCGAACACGAAGUCAGAUACUGUUGGGACACAUAGAAGAACAAGAUGAAGUCCUCCAUUGCCAAUUUUCUGAUAACAGUGAUGAUGAAGAAUCAGAAGGCCAAGAGAAAUCUGGAAUUAGAUGCAGAAGUCGCACAUGGAUUAAAAAACCAGGUUCUCUUUGCUCUCUUGUUGAACAGAAUGAUACUCAGGAUGAAGCACAAAAAUCAAAUCUGGAAGAUAAAGAUUUAAAGAUUGAAUGUCUCCAGGAGAGUCAAGAAUCAAAUAUGCAAAAAUUAAAGAAUUCAGAACUUAUACUUAAUGAAGCCAAGCAAAAAAUGAGAGAACUUACAAUUAACAUCAAGAUGAAGGAAGAUCUGAUUAAGGAGCUAAUAAAAACAGGAAAUGAUGCCAAGUCUGUAAGCAAACAGUAUUCUCUGAAAGUAACAGAACUAGAGCAUGAAGCUGAACAGGCCAAAGUGGAACUGACUGAAACAGAGAAGCAGCUACAGGAGCUGGAAAGCAAAGAUCUGUCUGAUAUUGCUUUGAAGGUGAAAUUACAGAAAGAAUUCCGCAAGAAGAUGGAUGCUGCCAAGCUGAGAGUCCAGGUCUUACAGAAGAAGCAGCAGGAUAGUAAGAAACUGGCAUCCCUGUCAAUCCAGACUGCAAAACGUGCUAAUGAACUAGAACAGAAUGUAGACCACAUGAAAUAUCAGAAGGUGCAACUGCAGAAAACACUUCGAGAAGAAAGUGAAAAAAGGAAGCAACUGGAUGCAGAAAUUAAGCGGGAUCAACAAAAAAUCAAAGAACUUCAGUUCAAAGCUGAACAGGAGGAUCUAACACUGAAAACUGAAGACCCUGAUGCAUUUAACCCGAAGAGGACCCAAGGCUCAUGUGGAAGUGUAGACCAGCUCCAGAAAUUGGAUGAGCAAAAGAAGUGGUUAGAUGAAGAAGUAGAGAAGGUUCUAUACCAACGACAAGAACUGGAGGAGCUGGAAGAAGAUUUAAAAAAGAGGGAGGCCAUCGUUUCCAAGAAGGAGGCCCUGUUGCAGGAGAAAAGUCACCUGGAGAGUAAGAGGUUACGAUCUAGCCAGGCCUUAAACACGGAUAGUUUGAAAAUAUCAACUCGCCUAAACUUGCUGGAUGAAGAGUUAUCUGAAAAGAGUAUACAGCUCCAGGGCAGCACAGCUGAAGACAAAAUAAAGAUUGUAGAACAAGUGCAAGCCCUCCAGAAAGAAAAAGAUCAGCUCCAGAAACGAAGAAACAGUGUGGAUGAAAAACUUCAAAGCGGUCGCACGUUAUCACCCGAAGAAGAACAUUUUCUUUUCCAACUUGAAGAAGAGAUCGAAGCUUUGGAAGCUGCAAUUGAAUACAAAAAUGAAAGUAUCCGGAGUCGACAGAACUCACUCAGAGCUUCCAUCCAAAACCUGUCCCACAGUGAGGCCAAUGUCCUGCAAAGGCUAGUUUGCUUGAAUCCUGCUGAAACCAGAGCUAUUCUUUUCAGAUAUUUCAAUAAGGUGGUUAGUUUGCGAGAAGCUGAGCGAAAACAACAAUUAGAGAAUGAAGAGAUUAAAAUGAAGGUUCUGGAAAGGGAUAAUAUGGUUCGUGAGUUGGAGUCUGCACUGGAACACCUAAAAUUGCAGUGUGAUCGGAGAUUAACCCUACAACAAAAAGAACAUGAGCAAAAGGUGCAGCUGUUGUUACAUCACUUCAAAGAGCAAGGCGGAGAAGGCAUUACGGAAACUUUAAAAACAUAUGAGGAUAAAAUCCAGCAGUUGGAAAGAGAUCUUUAUUUCUAUAAGAAAACUAGCAGAGAUCUUAAGAAGAAGCUGAAAGAACUGGUAGGAGAAGCAGUUCGGCGGCAGCUGGCACCACUGGGAAAUUCCAGCGCUGGAGACAGAGCUGAGAAUCCCGAUGCAGCAGCGAGCAUGGUUCCAGAGGAAUUAAAGUGGGCAUCCAGGACUGAGAAGAUGAGAAGUAGUGGGAGAGAGAGACAAACUGACGGUUCUGCAAGCAGCUUGAGACCACCACCAAGUCCUCAGAAACCUCAGGAAGAAGGCCAGGAAUUACUGCCCACGUGCAGCUCUCUAGCACCUCCAAGUGGGCAAGACAGUGAGGAGCACAAGGCAGAAAUGGAUGAAAAUCACUUUUCAAAAUCUCACAGUGGACAGUGCUCCCAGAUUCAACCAGUGGGAAACACAGGACAGCUUCAUGGUGUCACACCGAUAAAACUGUGUCGCAAAGAAUUACGUCAGAUUUCUGCACUGGAACUGUCCUUACGGCGUUCUGCUCUUGCAGUUGGGGUCAGGUCAAUGACGGCAGACUCCAUUGAGGUCGCCAGGAAAUCUAGUGACUUAAAAACUUAGGCAUUUAACCCUUUUAAUUUUUAGAUAUGUUAAAAGAUUCCUUGUUCUAACCUGCUAAAAUUAAAGUUCAAGCUUACUAGCUCUUACCUCAGGAUUAAAA